AUGGCAGGUCCCGACGAGUGGCUACCCACGAUACGCAAAUGCCAAUUCCUUUCAGAAACAGAUAUGAAAAAACUUUGUGAGAUGGUUAAAGAAUUGUUAAUGGAAGAGUCAAAUAUACAGCCGGUACAUACGCCGGUCACUGUAUGUGGCGAUAUCCAUGGACAGUUUUAUGAUCUGUUGGAGUUGUUUCAUGUGGGAGGAGAGAUACCGGAUACGCAUUAUAUAUUCAUGGGCGAUUUUGUGGAUCGUGGAUAUUACAGUCUAGAGACUUUUACAUUGUUGAUGAUAUUGAAAGCGAGAUAUCCAGAUAAAAUAACUCUUCUACGAGGCAACCACGAGAGCAGGCAAAUAACACAAGUUUAUGGGUUCUAUGAUGAAUGUCAAAGGAAAUAUGGAAACCCCAACGUGUGGAAAUACUGCUGCCAAGUAUUCGACUAUCUGACGCUAGCAGCAAUAGUAGAUGGAAGGGUACUAUGCGUUCAUGGUGGAUUGUCACCGGAAGUUAGGACGCUCGACCAAAUACGGACGAUAUCGCGCGCACAAGAGAUUCCUCACGAAGGAGCAUUCUGUGAUUUGAUGUGGUCUGAUCCGGAAGACAUUGAGACGUGGGCAGUGAGUCCACGUGGAGCAGGAUGGUUGUUUGGAGCAAAGGUCACGAAUGAGUUCAACUAUGUCAACGAUCUAACACUGAUAGCCCGAGCUCAUCAACUUGUUCAAGAAGGCUAUAAAUACAUGUUUCCCGACGACAAUCUCGUCACAGUGUGGUCUGCUCCUAACUAUUGUUAUCGCUGCGGUAAUGUGGCAUCCAUCAUGCAAAUAGACGAACAGUUGCAAAUUGGUGAAAAUAGUUUUAAGAUAUUCAAAGCAGUGUCUGAUAGAGAGCAGGAUAGGAAUCUAACGUUUAGAGGAGCUGGGGAGCAGUAUUUCAUGUAA